GGCCAUUCCGACAACCUCUACGUUCUCUCAGACUUUCAACAUGUCUCGCGACAGCGAACCGCUUUCAGAUCGAUAUGCCUCCCUAUGUUCCGCGCAAAAGAAUACGUGACGAUACACCGCCCACUCAAAAUGAAUCGAAACCGAACCAGGGUCGCGAGACAAAAACUGCCAUAGCUCCGCCGCGCAAGUCAACCCUUUUCGAUGACCUUGAUGCAAGCUCGACUCCGCGGUCCUCAACCCGAAAUGGGUCGUCAGUUUUGAAGAUAGACGACAGUGAGGAUGACGAAAGCCCACUGUCGUCGCUGUCCGAUGCCGAAUUUGAGGAUAUUCCAGCCCCAAAGCGACAUAAGGUCGGAGCGCCUAACGAUAAAGAGGAUAAAGACGAGGAGGAGGAGGACGACGACGAAGACGAAGACAUUGAGUUUGAAGAUGUCAAAACACCGCACGCGGCCUUGAAAGACGUACCAACGCCCUCUGGCGACCUCGAAUUAACCUUGAUUAGGGACACGAGGAUAUCGCUGGCGAAUGCGUUGGGGAAGAAAGGCCCGUCCAAGUUGGAACGCAAGAUCCGCAUUGCCACGCACUGCGUUCACGUUCAAUUCCUCCUUUGGCAUAACGCCAUCCGCAACUCAUGGCUGUGUGAUCCCAUCGUGCAAGGGAUCCUGUUGUCACAUCUCCCUCCACGACUGUGGGCGGAGGUGGAUAGGUGGAAGGUGGCCAGUGGCCUGGAAGUCCCCGAGGAAUCACCCAGAAGCGGCAGGAUACAACAGGACGUCAAGGGAAAGGGGAAAGCACAGCUCCGGAAAUCCAGGGACUGGAGCGAGGCAUCCCAGCGCUUGGAAAAGGGCGCCGUGGAUAUGAGCCACGGUGACCCCCUGUUCAGACUGAUGAAGUAUCUCGCCUCCUGGUGGAAGCAGCGAUUCCGUAUCACUGCACCUGGGUUGCGGAAGUGGGGCUACAUGUCUCUGGAGCGGCUUGACCGGCUGACCAAGGCCUUCAAGCAAGAGGGGCAUGACCAGGAGAGGUUUGGGGAGCGAAUCCGGAACUUGGAUGAGUUUCGAAUUUGUGCCCAAGAAUGUGCCGGCAGCCGUGACGUGGGCGCUCAGCUGUUCACGGCUCUUCUCAGGGCGUUGGGUCUGGAGGCUCGCCUCGUUGCUAAUCUUCAGCCGCUGGGCUUUGGCUGGACCAAACUGGAGGAGGCGGAUCCUGAGAAGGAAGGAUUCAGCUUUGGGCAAACUGCACAAAAAGAUUCAGAAGAGGUCGUCCGGAAAGGGACAGCCGCUCCGAAGCCUCGUUCAACAAGGAGGGCGAAAAGUGCUGUGCCCACUCGAAAAUCGAGACGCAACAAGCAAGCAGAGAUGGAGGAGCCAUCUGAUUCUGAGUUAGCUGUUGACAACAGCGAUGACGACCUUGCGAUUGAGCUUCCACAAGCGCCACCGAAACGGGGGAAGGUUUACGAUGCGGAUCUAGAGUUUCCUCACUACUGGACCGAAGUUCUCUCCCCGGUGACGAACAAGUACCUUCCAGUUGAUCCCAUUGUCAAGUCUGUGAUUGCUACAAACCGAGAGCUCGUCGAAUCGCUGGAGCCUCGUGGCGGGAAGGCAGACAAGGCUAAGCAGGCCAUGGCAUACGUUGUUGGGCACUCUCGGGACGGAACGGCCAAGGACGUCACAAUUCGCUAUCUCAAGCGGCAGAUGCUGCCCGGCCGGACGAAGGGGAUGCGUAUCCCGACCGAAAAGGUACCUGUGUACAACCGGCACGGUAAAGUUAAGCGGUAUGACCAGUUCGACUGGUUCAAGUCCGUCAUGAGGGGCUAUGCCAGGGGUGGACCGAAGCACCCCGUCACAGAAGCCGACCAGGUCGAAGACGCCAGUGACCUCAAGCCCGUCAAGCACGAGAAGAAAGAGGUCAAAGACGGCGAAGAGACCCUCCAGUACUACAAACAAUCCAAGGAAUUCGUCCUCGCGCGCCACCUCAAACGCGAGGAAGCCCUCCUGCCCACCGCCAAGCCCGUCAAGAUAUUCAAAAACAAGGGCAAGGCGGGGGAAGAAGAACCUGUGUACUUGCGAAAGGACGUGGUGCAGGUGAAAAGCGCCGAGACCUGGCACAAGCAGGGCCGCGCGCCGAAGCCGGGCGAGCAGCCGCUCAAGCGAGUACCCUACCGGGCGGCGACGACCAACAGGCAGCGCGAGAUUGCCGAGGCAGAGGCGGCGACGGGCGAGAAGGUGCUCCAGGGCUUGUACAGCUUCGACCAGACCGACUGGAUCAUCCCGCCGCCCAUCCGAGACGGCAUCAUCCCCAAGAACGAGUACGGCAACAUUGACUUGUUUGUCGAGCACAUGUGCCCCCAGGGCGCCGUGCACGUGCCCUACCGCGGCGCCUUGCGCGUGGCCAAGAGGCUAGGGAUCGACUUCGCCGAAGCCGUAGUGGAUUUCGAGUUUGGCCACCGCAUGGCCGUGCCGGUCAUUCAGGGAAUCGUAAUUGCCGAGGAGCAUUAUGACGCGGUGAUGGAGGAGCUGGCCAAGGACGAGGCGGAGAAGAAGAGGAAGGAAGAUGAGAAGAGGCGGAAGGCGGCGCUGAGCAUGUGGAGACGGUUUCUCAUGGGGCUGCGGAUCGUGGAGAGGAUCAAACAGGACUACGGCCAGGUCGAGGUUAGCGCGGAUGCCGCAGGGCCAGGCGGCGGCGGAGAGGCCAAGGGCGAGGAGACGCGAGAUGUUGAUGCCGGUACGGGGUUAGAGGACGAGGACAUGGGCGGAGGGUUCCUGCCGGAAGGUUAUGAAGAUGCAGAAGAGAAGACGACAAGUCUGACCUCGGGCUUCUUCCCUGUGGUCGAUGAAGAGGAGGGCACAGGAAGCGAAGAGGGUGGGCUGGAGAUUGACCAUGGGGAAGGCGCUCGAGAGCCGGCAGCUGAACCGAGCACAUCGGUCAUGAGCACAAGGCCGAAGCGGAAGGCAGUUUCCAAAGCGCAGGCAACGCGUCGUCGAAGGCGGCCGAAUAUCCCAUCGAGCUCCGAGGAGGAGCAAGACGAGGAAAUCGAUUCUCAGAGCUCGGACGACGAGUAAAGCUGUCGCUGCAUGGCCUGAGACCGAAGAAGCGGCGUCUGUCAUGUCUAGUUGACGCUGUCCGCCGGGGUGGGUGGCUAGAAGUUGGCAUGUGCUGUGGUGGAUGAACAAACUGCCUGUCCGUUGACAGCAGCUUUUGUUCCUGGCUGUCACAACCGGGCGUUGUA